AUGAAUUCAUUUUCCCUUUUGACCAUCGCUUCUAUACUCUUGUCGUCAUGUUCACUCUCAUCGACUGCUUUUACUGCUACCAACACAAAUUGCAAGUUCUGUCACACUAGUAGACAAAACGACCAAUCUGUGUCUCUCUACUUGGCUUCUGCUGCCACAAGUACUGCGGCCGGCAGCAAUGACAACAAUGGGAGUAAUGAUAGUGACAAUCGUAGCAGUACUAGCAGUACUACUAGUACUAACAACAGCAAUACUCAAAUGAGUUACAGUAUUGGAAAUUAUCCGCCCCAAAAGAUCACCAUGAGCGAGCUGGUCAACGGUGGACCAAUGGAAGGAGUUGCAGCAGCUUCCGCUGUUCCACUUGGAGAAGCGGAUCUGGCCUUUCGACAGGGGGUUCAAAUGGAAAAGGGAGGCCAGUCGAGGGCAGCCAAUUCGGCUUUUCAUGCAGCUGCCACCUUGUUUCAAUGUUAUCUGGAGGAUGAUGCUUUUGGACACGUUACCAAUCUCGACAAAGGUGAUUGUUUGACCAUCCUAACGUACAACUUGGUCCGGUUGGGCUUCCUAAAUCACGAUGCCUUGAGCGAUCCCCAGGCAGCGAUUAAUCUAUACCAAAUGGCGAUCGAUUUGGAUCCACAACAUCCGUCAGCAGCAUCCUAUGUCGGAUUGGGAGACUCGUUGCAAGCCGAUGGUGGCAGUAGGGAAGAAUCCGAUUUGAAGCAUUUGGAAUUGGCCGCACAAGCCUAUCAGCGAGCAUUGGAACUGACUCCCAACUCGGCCAGUACCUUGUUUUCCUUGGCCGUUGUCUUGGAACGAUUGGGACAAACCCAAGAAGCAGAUGAUAUCAUGACCAAUCUCCAACGACAAGAAUCUCCCAUUAGCUGUUUGGUAGACUCUUGGGGUUAUGUCAGAUGGCACAGUCGCAAGGUUGCUCCUCAUCAUUUGAACUUGCAUCGUGGGACUCGCGACAUGCUCCGGUUGGCCUUGGAUGCGGCCAUGCCCCUCAUUAAACAGCAACGAAAGAACAGUAACCCCGCUUAUGGAAUGGUUUGCGAAUUUGGAGUUGGGUCGGGACGAUCAUUGAGAAUGACACAGGAGAUCCUGCCAUUGGACAUUCACUUGCACGGUUUUGAUACCUUUACUGGACUUCCUCAUUCGUGGGGUGAUGAACCCAAGGGAAGUUACUCCACAGGCGGAGUAGUGCCCACCAACAUUGAGGGAAAUGUCUUUUUUCACAAAGGGCUCUUCAAGGAAACCUUGGUUCCUUUCCUCCAACAAAUGGGAGAGGACGCCUUCUUAGCCUACGCUAAUAUCGAUUGUGACCUCUACACUUCUACAUUGGACGUGUUGGAGGCUAUGCAUGGACGCAUUGUGGAAGGAACGAUUCUUAUCUUUGAUGAGUACGUUUGUCAUCCAACCUGGCGUCAGGAUGAAUUCCGGGCUUGGAGGGAAUGCUGCAAACGUUUCGGAUGGAAAUAUGAGUAUUUGGCGUUUUCACUAUCGACCAAACAAGCUGUUGUGAGAAUAACAGAUGUCGCCUAA